GUCGCACCGACGAGCAGUGGAGGCAGUGGGACAAAGGGGAGGUGGACAAAAUAAAGUCAUCAAGAGCAUCCCACACUCACAACUUUCGCAGCUGGACUCGAGAAGGAUGUACGCCAGCCGGGGUUCCGUGGGGGCCCAGUGUGACACCUACACGUGUAGGUAUUUCGAGAAGAGCGUUGCAAGUGGCAGCGUGUUUCACCCACGACCGUUGGGUGAAUGCGCGUUGCAUCGCAUAGGAUCUCAACCAAGCCAGAUGACCAAGUCAAGUGAUGUUUUUCUUCCCCAGCACAACGUCGUGAUCUGGAUGAGCGAUAAGCUAGGAGUUUCGUCAAUCAAUAGACGGCAGGCCACUGAGGUUAGCCCUCUUCAUCAUUGUGGCUCCUUAAACCCGCCACAGCACGUGUUGAAGUUUAGUCGCCUCAGCCAGCUGACAUCAGUGAGCUGCGAGACUCGACGGCCACACAACGACGUCCAGCGACGAACGACCAACAAAAGGCCGAGACACCACGGCUGUAUGACGACGAAAGCAGUGAGAAAAUUGGGGGUCCUCGACGAAGUGGUUCCAGGGAGGUCUGGACAGGCCCAUCGCUCUGUACGCUAGUUGGUGGGUAGCUCCAGCGCCUCUGGGCCCGCCAAUUGCUUGGUUCUCCAGUCCGGCCAGUCGCCAGCAGCGACACCACAC